AUGCAGUCAAGCAGUGCAAGGCCUGAUGCAGUCACUUUGAUCAAUUUGCUUAAAUUGUGUUCUGAUCUGGCUACCUUGGAUCUUGGAAGAUGGGUGCAUUUUUACAUGGAUAGAAACAAAAUAUCUGACCUAUACUUGAACACUGCUCUGAUACACAUGUAUUGUAAAUGCGGAAAUGUAGCAGAUGCAAUUGACGUUUUCAACAAGAUGCCAACAAUGAAUGUCAUGUCAUGGACAGAAAUUAUACCAGGACUUGGAUUGAAUGGCUGCAACCAGCAAGCUCCCAAUUUUUUUGCAGCGAUGCAAAGGGAAUCCAUGGUUAGACCAGAUGAAAUCAUGUUCAUUACAGUCUUGUCCGCUUGUAGUUAUGCAGGCUUGAUUGAGGAAGGGUGUUACUACUUCCAUAUGAUGACAGAAACUUAUGGCAUUGAGCCAACAGUUGAGCACUAUGGUAGCAUGAUUGAUCUUCUGGGACGAGCAGGAUUAUUUAAGAUAGCUGUGGAAGUUGUGAAAUAUAUUCAAGAAACAGGAAGUGUUGUUGGUGCAACUUAUGUGACUUGCUCUAAUAUAUAUGCUGAUGCUAUGUUAUGGGAGGACGUUUGUAGAGUAAGAAAGGGUGUGACAAUUUCUGGGGUGGGAAGAUACCAUGAGGAACCAGAUGGUCAUGUCCUUUCUCAAGUAUUACAUGAUGGCACAGUGUAUGAAAUAUCUACAUCAUCGGAUGGUGAUGAACAAGAGAUUGAGUCCUUCUGCAUGGAAAUGAAGUAUCCCGAAGAACAUGCUCCUUCUGUAGAAAUAGAGUUUGAGACUGAUGAUACGGAAGAACGUGGUCCUACUCUAGGAUUGGAUUUUCCUAUUGCAGGAAUGGAGUUUGAGAUAAAAGAUCCUGAACAACAUGCUCCUACUGUAGUAAUGGAGUUCGAUAUGGAGGACGCAACAACAGUUUUUGUAAUUCUUAUGCUCUUCAUCACGAGUUCAGUGAUACUAACGUAUGUUGCAGACCUGGUAGCAAGAAACAACCAGACUUAUGAAUACAUGAUGCAGUUGGCAAACAUAGAUAUGGGGAACGUUUCAAAUCUAUGUUGUGAUACCAUAGUGAUAAUGAAAAGUCAGCCAGAAGCUGGAGGUCCCAUCACCCUAGACCCCUCGAAGAAGAAGUGCCAUGGUUUUGCUAAUAUGGUAUUCGAUAAUGGAGGGGUGAAGGUUGUCAAAUGCAAGGGCACUAGUCUAGCGGUCACUACUUUUAAAAGGAAACCAGAUAGGAGUUUGCAUAGGACAAAAAGCGCACUGGAGAAAUGA